AUGUUGCAGCCGCAAAAUCAGCCAAGUUCAGUACCAACAUCAAGGCAAUGGACCUCAGCUUUUAGGAAUCCAAGAAUCGUACGAGUUUCAAGAACGUUUGGUGGCAAAGACAGACAUAGCAAAGUCUGCACAGUCCGUGGCCUUAGAGACCGGAGGAUAAGGUUGUCCGUACCAACAGCUAUUCAGGUUUAUGACCUUCAAGAUCGAUUAGGGCUGAGUCAGCCAAGCAAAGUCAUUGAUUGGUUACUGGAAGCAGCAAAAGAUGACGUCGAUGAGCUUCCCCCUUUACAAUUCCCACAAGGGUUUAACCAAAUGUAUCCAAAUUUCAUUUUCGGAAACUCCGGAGAAUCAUCAUCAACUUCAGCAGCAUCAACAUUUCAAGGUACCAAUUUAGGGUUCUUGGAGAGUUGGGAUUUUGGUGGAUCAAGAACAAGAUCAAGAAUCACCGAUACUACACCGAGAGAGAGUUUUGAUGUUGAUAAAGGGAAAUGGAUCAAACAAGAUGAGAACAAUAAUCAUCAAGAUCAUGGUUUCAACACCAAUCAUCAACAUUUCUCUCUAACCAAUCUUUACAACAACAACAAUGCUUCCUCUUACUACAACCUUGGACAUCUUCAACACUCGUUAGACCAAUCCGGUAAUAACGUUACUGUCGCAAUAUCCAAUGUUCCUAAUAAUAAUAAUCUCAAUUUGCCUCCUCCUCCGACAAUGAGCUCUCUAUUUCCGACGUAUCCUUCAUUCCUCGGAUCUUCUCAUCAUCAUAAUCAUGUCGUUGAUGGAGCUGGGAAUCUUCAGCUCUUUAGCACCAAUGCCAAUCGCAGCAACAGAUGA